AUGGCAGCUUCGUCACACAAUCCAUUUCCCCGUUCCCCCAACCCAUCCACAAGGUCGUAUGACUCUUCUUCGGUCUCGUCGGCAACUUCACCUCGCCCGCAAGUCCAGCAGCUUUUGGGAAACUUGAUGGGUUCAAACGUGAGGUCGAACGCCGCCCAGACUCCACAACCCAUAGGUAUUCCACAACUACCUCCAGCAACCCAGACGGGAUUUCAACCUUAUACGCCGGUGACGGCAACCUCGGUGAUGGGCCGGGACUCGUUGCCCCCAACCGAGUCGGUGGCAAGCACCCCGGGACUUUCUAGCGCUCAGCUGUCGGCGAAUGUCUCGGCCCAGAAGCGCGCCUACCGCCAAAGGAGGAAAGAUCCAAGCUGCGAUGCCUGUCGGGAAAGAAAGGUUAAGUGUGACGCUACAGAGACGACGAGUUGCUCAGAAUGCUCGAGCCGCAAUGUCAAAUGCCAAUUUACCAAGGAGACCAACCGGCGCAUGUCAUCUAUCAAACAAGUGCAAGACCUCGAGAAGCAGAUAGAGAGGGUACGGAGAGAGAAUAGUAAUUUAAGGCGCACGCUGGCUGAACGGGGCGAGCACAUGGAUGUCGAUGCAGAAAGUGCUGAGCAAUUAUCGCAGCAGUUUCUCCCGGACUUAAACUCCGAGCCUAGGAGGCGGAGAAGAGCGGCUCCUCCACUUCAGGAUCCCUCACGAGCGAGAGUGGCUUUCCGGAACUUCUCAAGGGGUGUCCUGAAGCCGCCACCGGCAUAUCGACAACCGUCGACGGCUAUUGUCGCAUUCGACCUCCCCAGACCACCGUUACCUCCUAAAGCUACUGUAGACAAGCUUCUCCAUACGUACUAUGGAGCGGCACACAUCAUGAUGCCGAUACUUCAUUGGCCGACGUUACAACAUCAGGUAGAGGAAUUAUACCAAAACACUACUAAUAUACAGCGGGUUCCCAUAUCUUGGCAUUCUAUGUUCUUUGCGGUCUUAGCCGUAGGGAGCCUAUUUAGUAACGAGCCGUAUCCAGACAGGACGUUACAGGCCAGCGAGCUUUUAGAGGCAUCGCGAAGCUUAGUAGAUCCCUGGAACGAUAAUUUUGAUCUGGACAACGUCCGAGCGUCGUUUCUUGUCUCGCUAGCUUUGAACGAACUGAAUUUGAAGUCGGCGGCUUGGACUUGGUUGGGCGGCGCCGUACGAAGUGCGCAAGACCUCGACCUUCACUUGGAAGUGGUUGGGGUACGUUCUAGAGUCGAGGCAGAUAUGAGGCGACGGGUUUGGUGGGCGAUAUACGCUCUCGAUAGAACGCUAUCUAUGGACCUUGGACGCCCCUUCAUGAUCGACGAUGCCGACUGCGACGUAGCCCUCCCCGAGCCGUUCGACGAUCAUUUCCUCCAUACCGAAGGUCCCGUGCAUCCCCCAAACGCCAUACCCCUAACUCACUUUCUACACGGUAUAAUCAACGUGGUACGAUCUUUCUCUGCUAUAAGAGAAGCUUUCUCCAGUGCCGUGAUCGAGCCGCCGCGACUAGCGACAUUCGACAGCCAUUUUAUCGCUUGCCAGAAAAUGUUUCCAGAAUCAUGCGAAGCAAAUAAUACCUCUUUAGUUGCUCCUCAUGUACUAAUGCCCCUUGCGUACCUCCUUAGUAUUCGGUUGCUUCUACACCGUCAUAACCUUGCCCCUGGCUGUCCUAUAGAAGCUCGAAGCGACGCAAUUCAGCAAUGCAAAGCGACAGCGAUAGAGACGGCGAACCUAAUUGCCAGGAUCAACUCGACUCUCGCAGAUACCGCUACAAGUCUUCUAGUCACCCACAUAUUCCGCUCUGCGUUGUUUCUACUCCUCACGGGAUACUACGAGUUGGCAUCUACGUGUCUAAGGGCUCUCAAGUCGAUUGAUGCGCGACGAGACAUUACCAUUCCUUGUGGACGCUUCUUAUCGUUCUUCCUGCAGAUCCUAGAAGCCAAGCAACGUGAAUUAUUAGCUGUCCUCCCACGUUCAGCCACGCCUAGCUACACUCCGCAAGUGGCUCUACCCGAUCUUAGAGCCGUCCAAGAUGCAUUGUUGAAAGACGAGGAACUCCUGACAUACGUGAGUGCAGAUAUGCAAGCUAGCACUGAAACAGCCUGGGUCUGGUUCGGGGCGGAGCGUGAAGUACCAUUGACAAUGCCUCCGUCAACUACUGGAGGUGGUCUAGCACAUCCGGACAAUCGAACGGGCCUAAACGCAAGUGAGAGGGAGGACUGGGGUGGAUGGGAUAGCCUAAUAGAGCUCACUAGAGGUCUAGCAUCCGGGGCACCGAGCCCAGCUACAGCUUAUGCGCCUCGAGCGCAAACGCUUCCGCCCAUCAAAGUGGAACAAGGAGCGAAUGUACCAGGGAAUAUACUCGGGAGUGGCACGGUUGAAAUCGGCAGCAGUAGAAAUAGCCCAACUGCUGGAGCGGCGUCAGGAAGCCGUAGUACGGAAAGGAUCAGCAUUGCGAACAUAAUCUAA